ACACACACACACAUACACCGAUAAGAAGGGAGGGUGAACCCAGGCCUCAAACAACUGGACCGGACGGAACUCCCUUCCUCUCCUGGCUACCGCGGAAAAACACCCCUAGUUGGAGGUCUUUAUAAACACGGACUAUGCCUACUUCACAGUCGUCGUGCCAGGGACUUGUCGUUCUAUUCCACAGUCUUGUCUCCCUCUAACACCGACAUCAUGUCAGUUUUUGCACUUCUGUGCGUGACUUUGUUUUGCGCUCUCGUGAAAACCGAACAGUCCCAGCACGGAUACUGCGACGAGGGCGGGUGUUGGAUUGGUUACCGCGAGUCCGUGGAUUACCAGAGGGGGGCAAGGAGGUGCAAGAUAUUAGGCGGAUUAAUGAUCCCAAUCACGGCGGGAUUCGAAAACGUACCAUUCGGUUCGAAGUCGGACACCGGGUUUGACUGGCGGCUGAUGGUCCACAGGGUGAAUGGAACUAAAGCCUGCGUCACAAUCUCUAAGACCCCUCCAGGGAACGCUUCAAUCUCGGCUAAGGACUGUGGAGAGAAGCUGGAGGGGGUUGUCUGCUACUUAGAAAUCCAAGACCCCUGCAGGCAUCUGCAGGUAAACAAGGACCUGCCAGUUAAGUAUACCGGGUACAUGGGUUUCGUGCUCGAGAACGCAAAAGCGCUUCCAGGUGGAACCGUAGCGCUGAGGGGUAAGGACGGCGAACAUCCAGAGUCGAAGUAUGUAUGCUUCUCCGGUAAGUGGCUGAAGGCUCCGUGGACCUGUGGAAUUCAGGAGGGCGGCUGCGGACACAGCUGCAAAGAGAAAAACCAAACCGUUACCUGCUUGUGUCCGGCGGGAAAAUCUCUCCAUCCCAACAAGUACACCUGUGUCGACGACCCGUGCAGCGGCUGCGCGCAUAAUCGCAGCUCGCACGUGUACGCCUGCGAACCGGGCUUCAGGCUGGAGCAAGACGGAAAGAGUUGCGUGGACGUGGACGAGUGCGCGGAGAACGGAGAGCUGUGCAAAAAUGAGGGAGAGCGGUGUUGGAACACAUACGGGGGCUACGUGUGUUCGUGCAGAGACGGCUUUGACACGGAUGCGGGAGUGUGUGUGAACAAGUCCAUCUGUCUUCAGUGCGAGCACAUGAAGUGUAAGAAGAGGAAUGGAGUUUAUGCGUGUGAAUGCCGCAAGGGCUACAAGGUGUCACCGACAAACCCCGUCAAGUGUGUGCGGGACUGCGGUGAGUCCUGUGAGGCCGAGUGUGACCACAACUCGGACAAGGACUGCCUUUGUCCUGAAGGCUACCUCAAACACGUCGAUAACAACGUGACCCUCUGCCGAGUCAUCAGCGAGUGUGAUAUGGGGACGUGUGACCAGCUCUGCGAAAAUAAGCCUGGGGGGUUCAGGUGUUUCUGUAAAGAGGGGUUCGAGCUGCACGGGAAGGACACCUGUAAACCAAUCCCAAAGAAGAAGGAGAGUGAGAAGAAGAAGGAGGACGAGGGCAAGAAGGUGGAGGGCGCGGACAAAUUAGGGCCACAUCCAAGCUCCACAUGGGUCGCUUCUCAGGAGUCAAGCCUGCCCCAGUACAUCAGGACCGGCAGCAUCCUGGGCAUCUCUGUGUUUCUGGUACUGUGCCUUGUCUGUGUGAGCUUCAUGGGGUGGAGAUUGUUUCAACGCUGCAGCAGUUUUUCUCUGCCCUCCUUGUCCAGCCAGGACAUUGACGUGUUCUACCUGCAGCAGGUGACCACAGAGACAUACAAGAGGUUAUCCUUUGACAAAGAGUCCAAGACGGACAGCCAAUGACUGACGUGUCCCGAAAGAGACUUCAGUGUUUGUCUCUGGAAGUCAUUUCCAGAGGUUAAUAUUCUGUAUUUGGAAAGUAAUCCUCUUCCUCUCAUUGCAGUUCGAUGUGAAGACUUUUCAAAGAGCUUGGGUACUCAAUGAUGAAUGUGAUCAUGUUUUUCUGACGUUAUGUCAUUAUCCUAUGAAAAAAAAUUAGAUUGAUUGUUUUGUUGUUGUUGUUGUUGUUGUUGUCAACCUAACAUGUUGUAACACAUUGUUUCCCAAAGACUGGGUCACGACCCUCAGGUGGGUCGCAAGAGAUGUCUUUUUGGAGCCAUCUCGCAUUAUAGGUUUAUGAAUAAUGUCUAUCGACUUGGGUCGUGAAAGUUUGAGACUUUUAAAAUAUGGGUUCCUAGAAAAAAAGUAUGGGAAACACUGUUGUAACA